UCCUUGCUCCCGGCUACCGUAUAUCGUGCGACAACUACCAGAGCCCAAAUGGCUGAAUCUUCCGUCCUCGAUCUCAACUAUGGUCAUUUGGGAAUAGCUAGCUACGAUUUGAAUAACAGCGAAUGGGCCUUCAGUCGAGAUCCUCAGCAGAAAUUCUUUACAGAGUUGGGCGCUUGGAGGACCAGUGUGCCUCCAUCCCGUCACUUUCCCACACCAUCCCUUGUGAGACCUGCGGCGAGCGUCCACCAGGCCACGAAUGCGCUCAUUUGCAGUCAUGCCAAUUUUGCCCCUGCCGUUGACCACCUGGCCAACUUGGAAAUCGUGUCUGCUGCUGCAACGACAGUCGUGGAGACGUACGAUGCCACUGUUGGGCAUCUGCUCUCCUUUGGCACAAUAGUUUGUCAAGGUCAUCGCAAACAUCUGCUUAAAGAGGUUGCCGCAACAGCCAUGGGCGAGACGGGGAAUAUCUUACACCUCAAAACCACUCCAAAGCAACGCUAUGGCUGGGAAGGCAAUGAAACAGGCAUCUGGCUAGAGGCACCGUCAUUGGACAAUGCAGAGAGCGGAUAUUGGAAUGAAGAGGCUGCACCCAUCCAGCAAAUAUGCUUUGCGCAAACAGACGAAAGAAGCUCUUUCCUGGCUGUGAGGCUUCUAUCGCGUACUGUGAUAUUCCAGCCAAAAUAUCUCCAUCGCCGUAAACCUACGCGCUCGAGAUAUUUUGAUCUGCCCCCGUCCACCAUCGACCCUAAUCCGAUAUUGACUGUCAGUUGCAAAGAGACAGGAAAUGUUCCCCACGCUCAUGUGACUUUCAAUCCGAUUUACCAGCGCCAGUUCGGUAUCAUAGACCAGCGCGGAAAUUGGUCGAUUUGGGAAAUCGAUGAUGGUUACUACCACAUGAGCAAACAUACACUGAAGUGCUCUACCAAAGGCAGCAUUAUACCCGCCGAUGGAGACCAAGCUGCACGCGAGGAGAAUGAGAUAGUCGGUCGUGAGGACGGCUGGGGUCGCAUCAUAUGGGUAGGCGAUGUGAACACUGUCGCUGUGUCCAACAGACGAUGCUUCAGGAUUUUCAAUUUUAAAAUGGGGAUCGAGAGGUUAAGCUGUCCGGAGUUGAUUCAAUCCAAAUCAGCUGACUGGAUCCUGGAUGUUCAGAAGCAUCCUGGCAACGAAAGACACUGUUUCGUUUUAACAUCAACCAGGCUGUUCAUGUUGACUGUCACAUGCCCGUCCGAUGACUUCGGGGAGGCCGAUUAUGAUGUCGGGGCAACUGUCGUAAUCUCGUGGCAGCACUACCGAAGCACCGAGGACAUAACGCUUCAGAUGUCUAUUCAGAUGUCUACAGACGAUGAUUGCCUUGUUGUACUAUAUUCGCGGGUGAAUCAACUAGCGUCGCUAUAUCGCUUCAACAAAGAGCCAUCGGGAGACUCCCUUGCAUCGCUUACUUCCGACCCCGUCAAUGUCAACCUUGAGGGUCUCAAAAUCACUCGAGGGUCUUUGCUACUACAUCACAUCCACGUAGACCGUUUGAAUUACGGGAAGUCAUUGAGGGCGCGAAGAACAAGCUUAGGCCACGAGUACGAGGAGAAUGGAGUUGAGUUCUACCGACUAAGCGUCAUGACAUCUGAUCUCUGCAUACGAGAGAUGCUGUUCUAUUCGUUCAGCGACAGUUUUCAAGGUCAUCUGCUUGUCGAACCCACAUCGUGGUGUCAUACCCAGCGGGUGAAACCCUGCCUCUUGAAACCAGCAGUCGAUGACUUGGAUGAAGAAGAUGCGUUUAUUGUCCCUGAUGGUUUGGUGGCCAUCGAGGCCCCGCGCUUGCGAAAACCACAGAAGCCGCCUAAGCUGAUACCACAGCCGACAAAGCUCAACCCAUGGUACAUAAGAAAUGAAGGCAGACUAUAUGAUAGCUUGAACGAAAGGCUUCGAUUCAUUGAUCUGGGCUCGACGCCGGAGACUGAAGAGAUAUCUCAAGUGAUUGAAAAUGUCGCAAGAACAUUGAACGAUUCUUCGUCGCCAGACCAGCUACCAUUAGGCACAUUAAUGGAGUAUGCCAGUCUUGAGAUUGUGGUCUCUGACAUCGUUGACGCAUCUGCCGCUCUGGACCGCCUACUCCCCGGGAUAGAAGACGAACGAUCGAUGGGGCUACAGCGGAUCGCCACGGAUGAUCUUCUUGGUUUGUUGGAGACUGUAGAACAACAAUCGACCAAUACACUAUCACUCUACGAUACAAUCCUCCAGAAUUGGUUAGCGCCCCUUUCGGAGUAUGUACCUGUUACUACCCGCCAACGGCAAGAAAGAAUCGCCCGUCGCAUCGCAGCCGAGGUGAUCCUUUGCACUACACGUUUCCACCGCGAGAUCUUGGAGGCAGUGGACAUUUCACAGUCUACGCCAAACCCGCACGGUGAUAUGCUCACUCCCCCCCUAAGCUCAGGUACAUUCUCUUCGCAGCCACAAUCCUCUCUACCUAUAAUCGCGGAAUCUACACCAAUAUCAACCCCGGGACUUGACCCCCCCAAAAAUCCUUUAAGUCGAUUGAGCAAACAUCUCCACACGAAAAAGCAAAUAACCAGGCAACUCCCACCUGGUAUAUCCCAAGUACUAACCCACUGGCAAUCCGGCGACGACCCGGAGAAGUACAGUCACGGCGCCAUCGAACGUGUGAUUCACGAAGCAUCCACAUAUUCGGACCCCAAAACACAAUACCAGCGCGAGAAGGACCAACGCAAGAAAGCGCGCCAGCAAAAGCGUCAAAGGCGCGAAGACGAUAUCUUCAAACACCUCUCCUCCAGCCAGCCUCAGGUUCUACAGAGCUCUCCUGGUCCUAUGUUUACCAUUCCGGGAUCUCAGCCUGGAGGAAGCGGGUUCGGUAGCAGUCAAGGGUUGAGUCAGGGCUUCUUCCCUGGUUUGGGUGUUCAGAGUCAAGUUGAGAGUGGGAAGCAUGGGAGUAGACCGGCGAAGAACAAGAAGAAGAAGGGGAAGAGUAGGAUGAGUGGGUUUUAG